AAGGUCUGCCUUGUCAGGCUUUUCUGGAUUUUGAUCGUCGUUCUCUUGUUGAUAGUUCUCCAGUCUCUCGUUCUUUUUUAUAUUAAGUUAUCGUUCUAUCUUCAUUCAUUCGUUCAAAUUUUUUUUUUCAAUAAUAACUAUUUUGUAAUACCUACACUACCACCAUUACUACUAUACAAAAUGCACAGCAACAUCCUCACCCUCGCCGUCGCCCUCCUCACCGGCGCAUCCUCCGUCCUCGCCGCCGAUGAAGUCGUCACGCUCUUCAUGCCCCAGGCUGAUCCCCAGCCUUUAGUGGGUAAAGUGAUCGCCACUGACGGCCCCCUCACCACCUACGUAGUCUACUGCGCACCCGGAACCGACAGCGACGAAUGCGGCAUGCCCGAGGACGGAUACACCGUCGCCGCAGGGAAAUCCACCUACAACGCGAUCUAUACUUAUGAAGAUUACUACCUCUCCCAAGGCUGCCAAGUCUCAGGCUCAACCUACGCCUCCUGCGAGAUCUCCCAGCACGACGUGUCGACCACCCACACCGACAGUGCCAGCAUCACCAUGCCGUCGCUGCCUAUGUUGGCUGUGACCAUUACGGCGACGGAGCUGGAUAGCACUACGGCGAAGGCGAAGGCGACGGCGAAGGUUUCGCCUGAGCGGACUGGCGAGGCUGCGUCUACUUCUACUUCUACUUCUGGGGCUAAGAAUACUCCCGGUGCUGAUGCUGAUGCGGCGUCGCCUUCGUCGUCGCCGACGGCUAGUGAUAAUGCUGCUGGGGCGCGUGUCACUGGGAUGUCGGGGUUGGUUGUUGGUGCUGCUGCUGUGGCUUUGGGAAUGGUUUACUAGAUUCAUUUCUUGAAGUGGUCAAGGUAUGAGAGCGACGCACAUGAUAAUUGAUUGAUGGAUGGUCAUGUCGGGGGGUACUUCCUGGUUUCUAUUUUAAUAGCGAUAAUUAAUGUAUUUGUUGAUGUUUGUGCUGGUCGUUGCGGCAUGUAUAUCCCUGGCUGCACCAAUCAUAAGAAGCAGAUAGCGGUCGUAAGAAUAUCAA